GGAGUAGAUUCGCUUAUGCAUGAAAUAUGCCUAAAUAUUUUGUAUUUUAUAAAACUUCAAAUUUUCAAGAAAUGAAACAAUUUUCUGGAAGAACAUCUUUAGCUUGUUGAUAUAUAUGAAAAACAGUAAAGAUAAAACGUCUGUUCCGUGCAAUAAAAUACGCUUGAAGUAAGGGCUAAAACCCGUUUUCCGGUAUUUUGUAUCAGUUUUCGACGAUAAAUUGAAAAAUUUGAAUGGGGCACAGGUCUCGACCAAAAAACAAAAUACGUCAUUGUCAUUGUGGGUAUUUAUAAUUUACAAAAACGUAUCAAUAAUUUUGGUCGAGGCCUGUGCCCUUUACGAAAAUUUAUAUUUUCCUUCCCUUGGUGUCUGUGCAAAAGCAAAUCGAAUGCAUAGAAGAUCAAAGAUUUAAGCUGUAUUUUUAUAAAUUUUUACUUGUUUUUGCGGUCAAGCAUUGAGAUCGAAAGCAAUUAUCAUUAGUCAAAUAAAAUAUGUCUUCUUUUCUGUCAUGUUUUGUUAACUUAUUGAAUGAAAAGUGAAAAUCCAGCCGAUGAUGACAACGACGACGACAACAACAACAAAGCCAUUGUUUACACUUUACCUAGCAAAUCUAUACUACUGUAACGCUGACAGGGUUUAAAACAGUCAAUAACGUGUGUUUGUUUAUUUUGUGAGCAUUUAUUCUCGGAUCUAGGAAUGUAUUCCAGUCCAGAUAUGACUUUGUGAUAACCGUGACAGGGAGUUUCCAAUUGUGGCGAUGGCGUAGUGGUCUAAGUGCCCGGCGCAUGCAUGUUUUAUAUGACUGAUCAGAUCCGGCUAGUGGUUCGACCCCUGAACAAGGAUGCCUGGAUCGGGUCCAAAGUUUUAUGCCUGUGCAGUGUGCAAGAAAAGAACUAAACCAAAAGAAAGAAGACACAUAAGCAAACCUAUAAGAAAAUAUCUUCAAAAACGGUUAUUUGUUGAUGUUAAAGACAAUGAAAUAAUUUGUAACAAAUGUAGACAUAAAUACUAUGCAUUAGAAUCAUCAUCUUUUACAAGAAAAGACAGCAACCAUUCAGAUCCAGAUUAUGUUCCAUCUGUUUCAACUUCUCAAUCAAAAGGAACCAAAACACCGACUAGUCCGCCAUCGGUAUCAUUAAAUAUAAAAACUACCAGUAAAACACAUUCAAGAUGUUUAGUCUGCAAGAGACCAGGGCCAAAAUUAGUUGUUCUGUCUUCAGAGGCCAGAUUCAAUGUGUUUAUAGAACAGAACGUACUCAUACCUGCUGGUUCUAGGUGCUGUCCAGUACACAUACAUGAAGGCCUGCUUUGUUCAGAUUCUCUAGAGAAUGUGCCGAUAAUAGAAACAGCAUUUCUAAACAGGACAUCUGUCCUAAAACUUAUAAAACAUUUAAGAGAAAUAUGCUGCUGCAAACAAAACAAAUUGAAUUUUGAUGUCUUAAACGACGUAGAAUAUGAAAACUUAACAGGGCUUUCACGUUCUCAGUUUGAUGAUGUGUUUCGUCAUGUUGCCGACAAAAUUUAUAACUCUCCAUCACGUUCUUCCAGAACAACUCUAGGAAUUUUUCUCCUGAAGAUGAAAUCGGGCUUGUCUAAUAAGCUAUUGUCUACUCUAUUUGGAAUUAGCAAGUCAAGUGUACGGAGAGCGAUUGUUGCCACAAAACAUGCGAUGAUGAGAGGAUUUGUGCCGUUAUAUCUUGGUUUUGAAAGCAUAACAAGGGAAGAUAUUAUCAACCAUCACACUAGACCGUUAGCCAAGUCCCUUUUUGAUGCAAAUGAUGGGAAAGUUAUUUUAGUUCUUGAUGGAACUUAUGUUUAUAUUCAGAAAAGUAAUAAUUUUAGCUUUCAAAGACGUUCAUAUUCAAUGCACAAAGGUCGUCCAUUAGUGAAGCCCAUGGUUAUUGUCACAACAACCGGAUACUUUGUUACAGUGAUGGGCCCUUAUUUUGCUGAUUCAAAGAACAAUGAUGCUUCUAUCCUGAAUCAUAUGUUGAAAACAAAUACUGAAGAGAUAAGGGACUUUAUUCAGGAGGAUGAUAUUUUUGUUGUCGAUAGAGGUUUCCGUGAUUCUCUUGAACUUUUACAAGAUUUAGGCAUUAGGGUGGAAAUGCCUUCAUUUUUAUCCAAGGGACAAAAACAGAUGACUUGCGAUGAUGCAAACAAUAGUAGAUUUGUAACCAAGAUUCGCUGGGUUGUAGAAUCGGCAAAUGCCCGGAUUAAAAGUUGGAAAUAUUUUAAUCAUGUUCUCCCAACUAAUCAAAUUCCAUACAUUGGUGACUACAUAAGAAUAGUUUGCGCAAUAUGCAACAAGUAUUUUAAACCACUUUGCAAUGCUGAUAGUGAUGACGAUUCACGUUUGGCCUCAAAGAUGCGUGCAUUAUCAUCAAACGCAAACAUAUUGAAAUCUUAUGUUGAAGAUAAUAAUCUUGAAAGAAGAUCAGCUUUAUGGAAACCUGUGGACGACUCAUCAUUGCAAAGUUUUCCAAGGUUUAACGAAGAACAGUUGAGAUCGUUGACGUGUGGCGUAUAUCAACUUAAAAUGUCAUCAAGUUAUAUACAGGAACAUUUAGAUGGAAACUGUGAAAUCCAUGUCCACAAUGAUGAUUCUGAUUUGAUCCGGGUACGGAUCCAAAGUCGGCACACGUCAUCCAGGAAAUAUCUGUUAUGGAUAAGAUUUUCUGCUGCAGAUAUUGAAGCUUGGUAUUGCAAAUGUCGUGCUGGAGAACGUGUUGUUGGUAUGUGCUCACAUAUUGCCUCUGUUGUGUGGUAUUUAAGUUAUGCAAGGCAUUUACAAUGUCAGAAGUUUGGUGUACACAACUGGGGAGAGUAUCUUGCAGAUGCUGGCAAAAUACCAGAGACAAUAGAUGAAACUGACUCUGAUACAGACGUUAGUGUUAUAGAAGAAUAGUGGACUUUGAACACUUUGUUGUUUACAUUCUGCUUAUUUCGCAGGGCUCUGCAACAAUUAAACUGCAGUGAAGUAAUAAUUGUAAGAUUUUUCUUUCACAAAUGGAUUGUUAUAACAGUGGAAGUACAAUUAAUCCUUGAAGUAAUUAAUUGUAAUUUACUUACGUUAUUGAUUUAAACAUAUUUUAUUGCUCUUUUUGUACACAUUUAUAACGUUAUAUUAUCAUAAUAUAAACACAAAAGUAGCAAAACGGUUGAACCAUGAGUUCUUACAACAUCAGCAAACGGUUUUCCCUGAUAUAUUGAAUUAUCUUAUAAUAAUAAUAAUGAUAAUGAUAAUAAUAAUAAGACAGUUACAAACCAAAUUGAAUGAUAGUACUAAACCAAAUUGAAUGAUAGUACUUGUGUUAUUGAUGUAAUGUAUUUACAUAUAAUUAUAUUGUAUUUAUAUAUGAGCCGCGUCACGACAAAACCAACAUAAUGGGUUUGCGACCAGCAUGGAUCCAGACCAGCCUGCG